AUGAGUUGGGGAUAACCUGAAGAAGUGCCUUAAUAAACAUCAUCUUGGGGUAAUGCAGAAUCAAGUUGGGGCAAUAAUGGAGAUUAAUAAUAAUAAGAUAAUAAGCCAGCAUGGGGAGAUUCAAAUAAUGGUUAAGAGAAUAAAGAGUUUAGAGGAAGAGGCGGAAGAGGAGGCAGAGGUGGAAGAGGAGAUAGAGGUGGAAGAGGAAGAGGAGGUGAUAGAGGAGGAAGAGGAGGUAGAGGUAGAGGUAGAGGCAACAAUGAAAACAAGGAAGAAGGAGAGGUAAAACCUUAGAAUGAAGGUGGAGGAUGGGGAUAAUCUACAUAAGAAGGAUGGGGUUCAAAUUAAUAAGAAAAUAAAGAACCAGCUUAAGGGUAAUCAUAAUGGGGUAAUGAUGGAAAUAAUGGUGGUGGAUCUAAUGAGAAUGCUGGAGGAUGGGGAUAAUAGAAUACUGAAACUUAGGGUUGGGGAGGAAAUUAGGAAACAAAUAAUUAAGAUGGUUAAUAAGAACAAUAGAAAGGGAAAGGUAAAGGAAGGAAAAGAGAUUCUCCACCUCCUGCUAAAAGAGUAAGACCUAAUCCAAUAGUAAUAACAGUAGAAGAUGAAGAGGAUAGUGAAACUUAGAAUAUUAUUAUUAAUGAAUAUCCAGUGUUGUAAAAUAAGUAAAAGGGAUUGAUUAAAAGUGAGGAAUAGUAAAUAUGUUUUGAAGGUAAUAUUAAAAUAGAUGAAAAUAAUAUGAAUACAUAAUUCAUUAGUUUUGAUACAGAAAUAAAAGUUAAAAUUGAUUAAAUUGAAGAUUACACAAUAGAGAAUUCAAAAGACUUAUUGAAAACUAUUGGAGAUUAAAUUAUAGUAGGAAUAGUUUAAGGAGUUGAUAAAGAUAAUUAAAAGGCUAUAAAUAAGUUAGCAGAUAAUCUUUUAGAUAAACAAUAAUCCAUUCACUUCAAAGAUGUCAGUUUGUUUAGUAUCAAAUAAUUGUAUAAGGGAGAGAGUGCUUCAAGAUUGGCCUUUGUUAAGCAGAUUUAAGUUUGAA